AAUGAGUCAAGAAUCGACCCACGGUCAGUACGUUCCGGAGCCGGAGCACGUGAGCGUGCACACGGUGAACACCGAGGGUUCAAGUUUCACGCCUCCAGGUGAGGGAGGGAAACAGCAAAAUCAACCUGAGCCAGCGGGACAUCCACCAGCUGUACCACCGCCAGUCGUACCACCUCCAGUGAUGCCCCCGUUGGCGAUACCGCAGGUGGCCUACGAGCAGAUGUUCCCAGCCAUGAUGGCCCAUUAUAUGCAGCACAUGGCGCAGCUUAUGCCCAUGUUCCAGCCACCGCCACCACCACAGCCGCAGCCGCGCAUCGUUACCUUCAAGACGUUGAAGGAUAAUGGAGCGAAAGAGUUUCGAGGAGACAAGAUGGGGGAGCCCCAGAUUGCGUUGGAUUGGCUUGAGCAAAUGGACCGGGUACGUCCCUGGGAUCGCUUUGAUCGAGCCUUCACGAAGGAGUACGUCCCCACCCGGUACCGCGAGGAGAGGCGCGAUGAGUUUGUUGCGCUUAAGCAGGAGGGGAUAUCACUGCCUGAACUGAGACAGAAGUUCGACUACCUGUCCCAGUAUGCGACGAGUCUGGUCUCCACUCUGGAGGAUCGUUUGAAUGAGUUCGUCAAGAAGCUACGGCCGGACUUGAGGCCGUACGCCGCGCUGAUCACAACGACAGAUUUUAAUGCGGCGUAUGAUUUGAUUGGCAUUUCAGGAGGCAUUGCCCGACAAACCCUAGCAGCGAGCCUGUUUUUCCUAGAGCUCCGGAUCAGCCUGCCACAUCACAUCCAGCACGGAGUCAGCAGUCUACAGCAGCAAAUAAUCAGCAGAGACCACGUCCGCAGCAGUUCUACGCUCUCCUAUAUCUGUGUUGGCAUGCCUGCUAAUUCUGUGAUCGUGAGGAGUGACCUUGAGAUACCUACCGUUGUGUCGAAUCCGCUAGGACAUAGCAUGCGUCUUCAUCACAUUUAUCAUAGAUGUCCGUUGUCCGUGCAAGGGAAGCAAUUCCCUGCAGAUUUGAUAGAGCUACCACACAAGGAGUUUGACAUUAUCCUUGGUAUAGAUUGGCUCACCGAGCAUAGAGCAGUGGUCGACUGCAGUUGUUGGACCGUACGGCUGAGAGCCGAGGACGGUAGCGACGUAUCACUCUCCGGGGAGGUGUUCCCCAAGGCUCCCGAGUUCAUAUCGUCCUUGAGCGCGAGGUGCUUGAUUUGCAAGAAGUGCGAGAUGUUCCUGUGUCACGUUCAGGAUAUGCGAAAAGAAUCACCACGUCAACAGGACAUUCGUACGGUUUGCGACUUCCCCGAUGUCUUUCCCGAAGACCUACCUGGUUUGCCUCCGCCGAGAGAGGUAGAGUUCUCGAUCAAUCUCAUUCCGG